AUGGAUAAAUUGCAUGAGACUUUGCCUAAUAUGGAAGAUGGUUUGGGCACUGAGAAUUCUGUCUUUCUGUCUUCCUGGGACUGGAAGAGUAAUGCAGGAGCCUAUGAGCUGAAUCAGAUCUCAUCCCCUCACAGCUUAUCUCCAUCUCCUUCCUUUGAAUCGUAUUCUUCUUCCCCUUGCCCAGCUGUGAUUGAGAUGCCCUACAACAACAGCAGCAGCAGCAGCAGCCUGAUCAGAUACAGCUUGAUGGAUUUUCCUUCCACAUACUUACCGAAUGCUGGGCAGGCCAAGGCUCAGAAAGGUACCAAGGCCAGGAUGUCAGCCCAGCGCAGAAGGAAAGCCAGUGAGAGAGAGAAGCUCAGGAUGAGGACCCUGGCUGAUGCUUUACACACCUUGCGCAAUUACCUACCUCCUGUCUACAGCCAAAGAGGCCAGCCUCUCACCAAAAUACAGACACUGAAAUACACCAUCAAGUACAUCAGUGAACUCACAGACCUGCUGAACAAUGUCAAACGGGCAUAG